AUGUUUGCAGUUCGGAGCGGCGGCCACAACUCGAACCCCGGUUUUGCCAGCGUUGGAGAUUCUGGAGUCUUGUUGGAUUUAGGGUCUCUCAAUCAGAUCACCUUAUCCAAAGACAAGGACUUUGUCUCUCUGGGCCCUCGAGCGAAGUGGGACCAGGUCUACGGUGAGUUGGAGAAGAACAAAUUGACGGUUGUUGGCGGUCGAGUGGUUGGAGUAGGGGUUGGCGGACUUAUUAUUGGCGGAGGGAUGUCGCAUUUCUCGAAUGCCUGGGGUAUGGUCUGCGAUCAUGUCAAGAACAUGGAGGUUGUUCUGGCCAACUCAAGAAUCGUACAAGCAAAUGAAAAUGAGAACUCAGAUCUCUUCCGCGCUCUGAAGGGUGGGGGAGCAAACUUUGGAAUUGUGACCAGAUUCGAUCUCUACACGAAUCCAGAGUAUCAAGUGUGGUACUCAACCAAGAUGUACAGCGUGGAGGAUAAAGAUCGGGUCGUAAAGGCGGCUAUCGAGGUCCAGCAGGCCAUGGACGAGGACGACCGUAUAGGUUUCUAUUUAACUGUCGGUACAGAGUUUUUUUGUGGCUGGCAUGUUGUACAAGGGACGGAGUUUCCGGCAGUGUUUCAUGCCUUUGAUGGUAUAAAACCAAUGGCAGUUCCAGUGCCUGAAACUGUCGGCACCCAAUAA